UUGCGGUAUUUCAAAUCUGCACGAACGCCAGGCCCUUGGAAGUGAUGUUGGCGAAACUAGAGCGAAGAACUGUUGAUGAUUAGUUAUAGUUAGUACACGGAUCAAGUAAGGAUUUCAGUGGUAUGUGUGAGGAAAAAUGGUAACGUGUGGUGAGGUAAGGUAUGUUGCUGCCGGAUUGAGUAACAGUUUGCACAUGACAGUUUUGCUUCAUUCCAUGUGAUAUUUCCAUGACGCUCAGACACGACCACGGGAGUUAAGACGAUGCACUGGUUUAAUAUUUGCUCUUGUGCUUAGUAAACUGAUUACCGGGACACCUCCACUGGUUGAACGCUACAACAUUAUCAGAACCAGUUGUGAUUUGUGAGAGAGCUUGUAAAUUUAGUUGCCGGGUUAGCUUCUGGUGUCUGCAAGAGCCAGUACAGUUAGCUAAUGUGGGCUUAGCUUCAGUGAGAGCUUGUUAACUGAGCCACUGUGAGUUUGAGGUCUUGGCAGCAGUGUGGGAAUAGCAAUGGAAGUGAUGGUUUGGUGGAGGUUUUGACAGUGAUGUAAGGUUUUGAGACAGCUGCAGCAAGAUGCCAACGCCAGGAAGAGGUCCCGGUCGGCCCCCCAAGAACCCCCGAACAUGUACCUGGUGCUCGGAGGUCAAAUCACAGCUGAAGUAUGUGUUCCCGACCAGCUCCGGCAAGCGGGAAUUCUGCUCAGAAAUGUGCCUCUCAGAGUACAGGAAAGCUCUCAUGAAGCAAGGGACUUGUGCCAACUGUGACAAUGUGAUCCGCACGACACCAGUCAAGUGUGAAUCGACGAGCGGCCGGAGGAGGGAACUGUGCAGCAACGAGUGCCUUAAGGCAUGGGCCAAGAAGGAGAAGGAGCAGGCCGAGGUGGAAGAAGAGGUGGGCGUGGCCUCCUCUGUAUCCUCCAUGGCUACCACUCCACCUUCUAGCAUGUCCCCCUCCUCAGGCAACGGAGUGUCCCCCACGGAGAAGGCCCUGGCUGAGGUGGCCCCGGGUAGGAAAGGGCGUGGGCUGAGUGCAGCAGCCUUGGCACAGAUAGAGGCAGCUGCUGAGUUCAAGUGGGAAGACUACCUGCUGGAGACCAACUCUGUACCCUCACCUGCCAAGUGCUUCAAACAGCACAAAAUCCCUCCCAAGAAUGAGUUUAAGAUUGGCAUGAAGCUGGAGGCGCUGGACCCUCGAAACUUGACGUCCACCUGCAUUGCCACGGUGGUAGGAACCCUUGGGCCACGCCUCCGCCUCCGCCUGGAUGGCUCAGACAACAAGAAUGACUUCUGGCGACUGGUGGACUGCAACAAUGAGAUCCACCCCGUGGGUCACUGUGAAGAGCAUGGCGGCAUGUUGCAGCCUCCUUUAGGAUUCAGGAUGAAUGCCUCUUCAUGGCCCAUGUUCCUUCUGAAGACUCUGCACAAUGCUGAGGUUUCCCCACCACACAUCUUCCGCUCUGAACCUCCCACACCAUCAAAAAAUAACUUUGAAGUGGGUAUGAAGCUUGAGGCCGUUGACAAAAAGAAUCCACAGCUGAUCUGUGCAGCAACUGUUGGAGCUGUGAAUGGAGACAUGAUCCAUGUGACCUUUGAUGGAUGGAGAGGAGCUUUUGACUACUGGUGUCGCUACGACUCAAGGGACAUUUUUCCUGUAGGCUGGUGUGCCAUGUCUGGACAUCCUUUGCAGCCCCCUGGACAGAUGUGGGGGCCUCCGAGCAGCCGCUACAAGGCUCGGGUGCUAAACAUCCCACCUCCACUGGCUGGUGCAUCAGCAAAGUCUCCAGAGAUAGUGCCAGAGAAGAGUCCUCUCUCCUCUCCCACCUCCCCUACCAAGCCUGCCCCACGGAACAGGCAGCGAUCCUCCUCUCCACCCCCAAGCAGCCCUGAUCCACCCCACCAGGCUUCACCUGCUGCUAAGUCCACACAGAAUUCGUCCACAGGCAAGACGCCGCUGCAGCCUGCUGCUGCCACCAAGCCAUCACCUCAGCAAAAACCAACCUCAGCCUUGUCUAAACAGUUGUUACACACCAAACCACUAUUAUCAUCAUCAUCCUCCUCCACAUCGUCAUCAUCCACGUCGUCAUCGUCAUCCUCAUGUACAUCAAGCCCAUCGUCAUCUCUGUCAGCCAUAAAGCCGUCAUCUUCAAGUAAGUCAUCUGCAUCCAAGUCAUUAUCAUCAUCAUCAGUGACUUCACCAGAUGCUCCUCCUUCAUCCUCACCUUCAUCCUCCAAGCCCCCUGCAGGAUCAGUGGGUUCUGAAGGCAGCACCUCCGCCACUCCUGCCUCCACCACCGCCACCACUACCACCACCACUGCACCAUCAGACACACCCACCGCUAUCACCACCACUGCUACGCCCACCAUCAGUUCGUCAAGUAGCUCUCCUUCACGCCCACCCACCCCAAGGACUCCAGAAUCUCCCCUCAUCUCCACCUCCCAGAAGAUACUGCCCUGCUCCCCAAGUCCAGGAGGAGGAGCAGAUCCCACCAAGCCUCCUCCACCUCAGAAGUCACCCAGCAUCACAGUCACAGAACCAGAUACCUCAACAGUUCAUAAACUAAGUGCCUCAGUGGUGGUGUAUGUCAACCAUGGCUGCACCUGUGGCCCUUACCUGGACAACAGCCGGGUGGGAGAGCUGCCACUACAGUUUGGGCCGGGCAGCCUCAACCGAGUGGUGCGGGAAUCCAUCCAGGCGCUGGUGGAUGCUGCCCCCGACCCCAGGACAGUUACGUCCCUCCUACCUCAGGGCACCGGGAAAGUCAUCAUAAAAUCAAGUAUUGAAGGGACUCCUGAGACACAUAGACUCCCUUCCCUGGAGAAGGUGGAAGACUUCUGGAGUGCCCUGGAGACAUUGUUUGAAGACCUGAUGUGUUGUGAAAACUUCUACACUCAGCAUCCCAUCAGUCAGUGUACCAAGUGUGCCCGUCAGAGUCCUGCACAGUUCAAGAGAGAACAAGAGGCAGCCCAGCAGGUGACAACAGGCGUCAAGCGGCCAGCUCCAUCGCCACCCAGUGACGCCACCCCUACCAAAGUGUCCAAGCCCACUUUGCAAGAGCCUUCCCCCUCCUCAGCGAGUGAUCCUGGCCACAGCCCUCGGCCACGUGGGGAUCCAGCUGAGUGGACAGUGGAGGAGGUCAUUUCACACAUUGCUGCCACAGAUCCAGCUUUAGCUAGCCAUGCCGAUCUUUUCAGGAGACAUGAGAUAGAUGGGAAAGCACUGCUGCUACUGAAUAGUGACAUGAUGAUGAAGUACAUGGGUCUGAAGUUGGGACCUGCUCUCAAAAUCUGCAACCUCAUUAACAAGAUUCGUGGUCGAAAGCACAUGGUUUCUUAGACCCAAUCAUUGUUUUCACCUGCCAUCAUUACCAGGAUGACGUGUCAUUGGGACCAUUAAAGGAGCCCUUUUCCUCACAAAGAUUGAAUGGGAGAAGCACUGCACUCUUGCCUUACCACUGGGAUCUUGAAGCACAAUCAAAUACAUGUUCAUGUAAGACAGGAAGUCUUUCUUCUUUGCUGUAGAACUGGAAAGUAUUGACUCUUGGCCCAACAUUGGAACUACUGGUGAGAGGGAGGACAGUGUACUGUAUUAUUGUGAAUUAGAGAUUUCUGGUGGUCUGAGUUAUAGCCUUCAUAAAGAUAAUAGUGUAAUUUUUAUCAACAUGCAUCUUUUUAUUUUAUAUUUUUAUGAUAAAAGAAUUGUAAAGCAUUCAAUUGUUAUGAGACAUUUCCAAAUAACUGGAACUCAUAGAUAUUGAACUCCUAACCCAAUGGUCAUUAGUGCAAGUGUCAGCGGACUGACAAGGAGCACACACAUCACAAGGAUUUCUGCCGUAAAUCAAACUAACUAACAGGAAUUGUGUUGAGCAUGAACAUUCAUUGGGCUUUUUCUUUUCAGUGUUUCCUUCUCCAGUACAUGGCAAACUCAAUAACUUUGGUGGAGGGUUUUCAGCUUUGUCCCAGUGCUUUGGUAGAUAAGAAAGGCCAGUAGUUUUCAGCUCCAAAAUUGCCACAUAUCAAUGCAGAAAGGCUGAUAGGAAUUGCUGUAGAAAGAAACAUCCAUAAUUGUAGUAGUAACAACCCAAAAGGCAGAACAAUGAACACCAUUUUUUGGUUUUAUUUCAUUAUUCAACUUCAAAUAUUUAAGAAUUAUGACUGGGUAGAAGAAUGGUUUUCUAUAAAACCCUUGUACAGAGAGAGUGAUCCCUACCAACACACAUCAUGUAGCAGACAAAAAUCAUUUGCCAUUAUUGUCUUGAAACAGCAGUCAUUACUGAAAUUUAAUCAGAAUAGCCUCUUGAGAUAUCACUCCAACUUACUAUGUUCUGUACAUACCCUUCACCUUCCUAUAUGUUUACCAGUCAUAUCUCCCCAUUAAGGAGAACUUAAUGGUACAAAACAUCAUGUCUGGCCUCAUUGUAGCAAUGAAAUUUCUGAGGAAGUGAUCCCCCAGUCCUCAACUCUGACCCUUUUAAUUCUGUUUUUAAGAUGCAUGGAAAAAGGCAGAUGCUUCUAACUGAUAAAUUGAUUGUUCUUUCUAUUGGAGGGACUUUCCAAGAUAGAGGGUACCAAUCUAUACCAGUUACUUUUUUUAUGAAGGAACAAUUCUUGAUUGCACAUCUUUGAACAACAUACAUUGAAAUGUAAAAAAAAUUAAAGUAUCUAUAAUGUAUUACUUGUUUAAUAUCAUUUAAAUUUUUUUUACUAUUGUUCCUGAUAUACUUGUUGUAUUAAUGACUGAGGGAUAUCUUCAUAAACAUAACUUUCCCAACUAGGCAAAGUUACACCUGUCAUAGAAAUUUGAAUGUCCCUUCAUUGAUGUGGUGAAGCAGUACACCCAUGAGUCUGACAAGGAGCCUCAAAUGCUGGCUCAUUCCAGUGGCCUUCAUUUUUCAUAUAGUUAUGCAUAGAUAUGGGGCUGCAACUGUCACUUAUUUUGUUACAGAGUAAACUAUCAAAGUAAUUUUUCAGAAUAAUGAUAAUCUAUCUGUACACCAGGCUGACAUUCCCUUAAUUGAAGUAUAGUCAAAUUAUUGAAAUGCUUGUGCAUCAUUAUUCAGAUGGGUUGUCUGAGGCAAGGCUUCUUGAUCCAUGUUUCAUCUGGCAGCUGUUGAC